CUAGUGUCUUGUAACUUCUAUGUUAUAUAAUAUUGGAAUUUAAAUCGUACAAUUUAUUUCUAGUCUCUAACAGCAUUGUUAUUUGUUAGCAUGCUUGUUAGCAAAGCACUGGAGUAAACACGAGUAACUGUUCUGCUGCUUAACCAGUUCAGCGUUUGUGUAAUAAUUAACCUUUUAUUUCCUUUAUUUUCACGUGUAAACGAAGGCUUUUUAAAGUGCAGUGCAGUUGCCUAAAAUGAAAAGCACCCGCCUGUAAAUUUAGAAUAGGCUAAUCUUGCUUGAAACUAGUAAUCUUAGGGAUGUCAUGCCAGAUUAAUCAGGUCACCCUGGAGUAGGAUUAGGGAUUUCACAUUUCAGAAGGUUAGGGGAAGAGGCUUUAAGUAUUCUGAGUGUACAUCAUGUCCAACCUUGCUGAGCUCUCUUUCAGUACUGUCUUGAAGAAGUAACUUAAAUUCAUCAUAACUGAUCAAAAAAUUUCUCAAAAUCUGUUCAGCUGACAGCAUGGAAUUAGGAAAAGCUAAACUUCUGAGGACUGGACUCAAUACUUUGCACCAAGCUAUUCAUCCCAUCCAUGGGAUAGCCUGGACAGAUGGGAGACAGGUUUGCCUCACCUCGUUCUACUAUGAUGCCAGUGAGCCUAAAUUUGGAGACACGAACGUAAUUGGACAAUUUGAACAUGUCUUUGGACUUUUCUGGGGACCUCUGUGUUGUUCAGGGUCUCCUGCUCUGCUUGCGGUGCAGCACAAGAAGCAUGUGACGGUGUGGCAGCUUCAGCUGAGUGCCCUCGAACAGAACAAGCUGCUGUGCACCCAGACGUGUGAAAUGAGUGAGCCUUUCCCACUGCUGUCUCAGGGCUGUGUGUGGCACCCCAGACAAGACAUCCUGGCGAUUUUGACGAAGCAGGAUGCCUCGGUGCUGUUCUCUGUGCGUGUGGAUAAUCGGCGCGUGAAGGCAGACAUCCGUGGCAGUGGUCUGAUCCACUGUGCAUGCUGGACUAAAGACGGAACCAGACUGGUGGUUGCCAUUGGCAGUGCUCUUCACUCCUAUAUAUGGAACGACAUCCAGAAAAGUCUGGUGGCGUGUUCGUUUUGCCCUGUAUUUGACGUUGGGGGCUAUAUCUGUGCCAUUGAGUCUACCGACGAGGCUCAGGUGGCUGUUACAACAGAACUGCCUCUUGAUAAAAUCUGUGGGUUUAAUGCAGGUAUCGCCUUUGACUUGCCAAAUGAAUCGAAGCCACUGUCCUCUCAUCAGUCUUCUGCGAUGCUAGAUGAUGAUGUUUUCUCAGAAUCCAGGAGAAAGUCCGUUGACUCUGAACGUUCAAUACCUUUAGGGUUCAUUUCAUCCUCUGGCCCCGUUGACCUUACGCACAUUCUGGCGAAACACCGAAAGUCAGACCCUAGCCCUUUGAUUCACUUGAGACGACGAGAUCAUUUGACGGGCUCAGGUCAAGACUCGUCACAUUUGAUUUUGGUCAAGUAUGAGCGAAAGGUCACGACCACCAGGAAAGUAAGCAUCCCUGGUAUUCUGGUCCCUGACAUCAUGGCCUUUGACUCGCAAGGAAACACAGUCGCGGUGGCAUCUAAUACCUGCAACAUGGUGUUGAUCUACUCCAUCACGGCGUCCUCCAUGCCCAAUGUUCAACAGAUCCACCUGCAGAAGAAUGAAAGACCUAAAGGCGUAUGCUUCCUUAGCAGCAGGCAGAUCCUAGUCAUGCUUGGCCGACAGAGGUCCAACGACCCAGCCUUCCUUCCGUCUUCCAGCACGGAUAAAUACAUCCUCAGGCUCGCAACUCAGGAGCUGGUGUUUGACGAGGGCACAGCUUCCCCAGUUGUCCAGAAGCCUGAGUCUCCGAACAGUUUCCAUGAGCGUAGGCGUCAUUCAGAGGCCUACGCUAAAGAUUUUGCAGUGAAGGACCUUGUUCUUCCAGGGGGAUCGGUAAUCCUUCCAUCCAAUAUCAGGAAGAAGCUAAUUGAGGAAGUAGGCACCUCAGAGUCAAGCUCAGCUGACUUCUCAGACAGAGCCACUUCCAGCACCUCCUCCAUCACUCUGGAAAACUAUGAUAUGGAUCAUGUCAAUCGCAUGACCACUCUUACAAUAGCCAGCCAUGCCAGCAAUGAAUCCACUCGACCAUCUUCCCCUCGAUACGUCGCAUCGGAAAAGCUGCUCUCUGAUUCUCCUUUGCUGAAGAACAACUGUUUUACAAAAGACAACAACCUCGAACAGCUCACACACAACAUGGAAAGGAUAUUUGACCGCUUUGCAGAGGUGCAGCAGUGUCUCUCAGAAAUCAAAGACACCCAGAAUGAGAGAAGGCUCAUGAGCAGCUAUCCACCUGCUAGUGAAUCGCAGUAUGUCCAUGUUACGUGUCAGACACAGCUGUCCGAGAACGUGUACACAGAUGAAAGGAGAGCAGUGCUGUUGUGUAACGGAAAACUCUGUUUCCGAGUCCUGCAGGAAUACUUCAACCUGACUGUUAUGGAGAUGAUGCAUGGGCCAAUAUGGAUCAUCCUCGUAGCCGAUGCAGACGGAUUUAUACCACUCACCUUCAAGCACCAGGAGGAGCUCACGAUACGGAGUGCAAAGAGGAAGUCUCGCUUCAAGCCUGUCAGCGGCAGUAUUGACUUACCUCCUGAAAAUCAACAGUGAUUUUGUGCAUUGUAGCCUUUCCAGUCCAAACACUCCCCACUCCAUGACUGAAUAUCUUGUUGAAAAGACAAUGCCUCAUGAUGAAUGUUUACAGGGCACGAGUGGCUUUACUGUAUAAUAAAUGAAGACCAGUUCUAUUUUUCUACAUCAUAAAGAAAUUCCUCGAGUGCCUGCGUUGAUGGUUUAAUGGUUGUUGUUGGUGUAAACACCUGUCGUGCAACUCAGGAUAAAAUCGAUUGUCAAAAAAAAACCCCAUUGUUUAAAAUUAUACUGAUUUAUUUCCAUAGCACAUCUCUGAUGCAACAUUUUAUAUGAGUGAAAAUUAAAUAGUAAGAACUGUUCAUUUGCCCCGAACUAUAAACGCAUCUUUCCAAAUACGAUUAUUUUUGUAAGUGUGUCGUGAGGACAGGUGUUACUGACCAGAGUAUCUUUCACUGUAACUAUUGAAGUGUCUGUUUUGGUUCGGGUUACAAUUCCUGUUGUACGCUACCGUUCAAAAGUUUGGGGUCACUUUGAAAUGUCCUUAUUUUUGAAAGAAAAGCACUGUUCUUUUCAAUGAAGAUCACUUUAAACUAAUCAGAAAUCCACUCUAUACAUUGCUAAUGUGGUAAAUGACUAUUCUAGCUGCAAAUGUCUGGUUUUUGGUGCAAUAUCUCCAUAGGUCCAUAGAUCCAUAGAGGCCCAUUUCCAGCAACUCUCACUCCAGUGUUCUAAUGGUACAAUGUGUUUGCUUAUUGCCUCAGAAGGCUAAUGGAUGAUUAGAAAACCCUUGUACGAUCAUGUUAGCACAGCUGAAAACAGUUGAGCUCUUUAGAGAAGCUAUAAAACUGACCUUCCUUUAGUUUGAGCAGAUUGAGUUUCUGGAGCAUCACAUUUGUGGGGUCGAUUAAAUGCUCAAAAUGGCCAGAAAAAUGUCUUGACUAUAUUUUCUAUUCAUUUUACAACUUAUGGUGGUAAAUAAAAGUGUGACUUUUCAUGGAAAACACAAAAUUGUCUGGGUGACCCCAAACUUUUGAACGGUAGUGUACUGUAAAUGUUUUAGUAUUACACACUCCAAACAUGUCCUGUGAACUAUGACCUCCUGAACUGUGAAUUAAAUAUAAAGUCCUUUUAAA